UGUUAAACAAAGCCCAAAAGCAGGUUUUGGUCAAAUACUGAACCAAAGUUUCAGAAUUUUAGCCUCGAAAAUCAAAAUUCCUCAAUUCCAAUUGUGGAGAAGUAGUGCUAAAACCCUCGUCUCCGUCGUUCAAUUUCUCAGCUUUCAGGAGGUUGCGGUUGAAAAUGGACGGUGAGGAGUUGACUGAGCAGGAGACCGCUCUUUACGAUCGCCAAAUUAGGGUUUGGGGCGCUGAUGCUCAGAGAAGACUGAGCAAAGCUCAUAUACUAGUCUGUGGAAUUAAUGGGACUACUGCCGAGUUUUGCAAGAACAUUGUACUAGCAGGAGUUGGUAGUUUGACACUGGUGGAUGAUCGGGUAGCGACCGAAGAAGCCCUUUCUGCUAACUUUUUGAUACCUUCUGAUGAAAGUGUGUAUGGAGGGAAAACUCUAACCGAGCUUUGUCGCGAUUCUCUGAAAGAUUUCAAUCCGAUGGUUCGUGUUUCUGUGGAGAAAGGUGACUUGUCAAACUUUGGCGGUGAGUUCUAUAGCAAGUUUGAUGUUGUGGUUAUCAGUUGUUGCUCUCUCUCUACAAAAAAGCUGAUCAAUGAAAAAUGCCGAAAGUUAUCCAAGCGGGUAGCAUUUUACACAGUUGAUUGUAGAGACUCUUGUGGUGAAAUUUUUGUUGAUCUGCAACUCCAUAAAUAUUCGAAGCAAAAACUGGAGGAAACAAUUGAAUGUCAACACAAUUAUCCAAGUUUUGAGGAAUCAAUUUCAGUACCUUGGAAAGCACUUCCCAGGAAAAUGUCAAAGUUGUACUUUGCUAUGCGAGUGAUAGAAAGGUUUGAAGAUGCUGAGCAACGUAAACCUGGAGAAGUAUCAAUUGCAGAUCUUCCCGGUGUUCUGAAAUUGAAGAAUGAGUUCUGUGAAGCACAGUCGUUGAAGGAAUCUCAUAUUCCUGAUGCCCUCCUAGAAAGAUUGGUGACAGAUCCAAGAGAAUUUCCUCCAGUUUGUCCCAUCAUUGGGGGAAUUCUUGGGCAGGAGGUUAUCAAAGCAAUAUCAGGCAAAGGAGAGCCUCUCAAGAAUUUCUUCUUCUUUGAUGCUAUGGAUGGAAAGGGCAUAAUAGAGGACCUAUCAAACAACACUGGAAGCUGAGCAGCCUUGUCGAGAGUGAAGCUGUGAUUGUUCAAGGGUUGAAAGUAGGACAGUCCUAACUGCCAUCUAGUGUUGGUAAUAGAUUUUUCAGGAGGCUUGACCCCUUUUCAGGUAGCUUAUAAAAAUCCUACCUUUCUGGUUUGGAUUCUGAUUAUUCAUCUGUUGCUUGACCGUAUUUGCUAGUGAACCUUAUGCAAUGAAAUUUAAUGAUUGGCGAUGUAUGGUCACAGUUGUAGUUAUGCGUCUGAGUGCAUUGUUCAUCGGGUUAUCCAAA